AUGACUGCCACUUCCUCGACUUAUAACGAGCUGGUAGUCGUUGACUUGACCGUAAUGCUGGCGCUCAUGGCAGGCCAAGACGUCCGUCGUAGCCAAUAUGUCCAUGGUCCCCAUUUCUCUUCUGCCAUAUACAAUCCAGUGCCUCCCCCUCGCGUGCAGUGCGCACGGCAGACUUCCUCGACUGCGAAUGCAUCGCUCAAGCUACUUUGCUUGGGUUGGCAUCCUGAGCGCCAACGACCCUUGACGAACUUGCGGCCAGGAGUGACUAACAGGACAAGACGCCUGGAGACUAAACCAUUUUUGGAUGAGAUAAAGAGAACGAGCGUGUUGGUGAAUACAAGUCACGGAAGCUUGGUUAAUUCGGAUGCCUUGGCCAGUUAUUUGCAUCUGUGGACGCGUUAUUUUUGUCAACACUGCUUGCUUGUUCAAUAUUCAAUAUUCAAUCCUCGUGCUGGACUGUCGUCCUUUAUGACCUCGUCGUCAAAAGUAACUGAGGAAGCCUACGCAAAAGCAGCCACGAUUAAUAGUGCCCAGUUGCGAAAAGAUUUGGACUAUCGCGGAUUUCUGACAACUGCAAAGGCGAAGAAGACGGAGGGCAUCGCGCUCCCGCCAGUGGCAUCGACACCACCCAGUUUAGGUGUGCUGCCCAAGGGAGAUGGCUCUUUCGCUCCACGUUCUCAUAUCAAGUUACCUCAUGGAAACGUUGAGACCGGUAACGUAGCCGGUGUCAUUGAGUUUGUGCUACCUAACAUCGUAACAGCACGGCCAACUGAGAACGUUGUUUCUAAGAAGGUUUUUGGUCGAUGUUUCUCCGGAGACACCGCAGAUCACAGCGAAGACGCGACCGUAUUCACUACUCUCCCACACAAGAAAUCGGGCGCUACACUGGACGAUGAACCUGACAAUUGGACCGAGUGUAUCUUGGCUGGGCACAUCAAGCGUCGAAUCCUCAGCACCCCGGGAUUUCCGCGCCCCGUACAGAAAACUGAAGGCGGAAAGGUAAACCAUCGUGUUGGCCCUUCGCCGUUUGGUGGACUAGGGGUAUUCGUCACGCGUCCCAUCCGCACUGGAGACCUCAUCGUCGCCGAACGGCCUCUCCUGAUCGCCAAACGUCCUCUUCCGAACUUAUCACGCGCUUACAAUAGGACGGCCGGGCCCUGCUCGAAGGGCCUUAUUGAGAGGGAGAUGAUCCGGGUUUCAUUGCACGAGGAGGAGGAACACCUCGGCAUCGCAGUGAAGAGGAUGACUGAAGCAAACCGGGAGGCAUUCAUGGCGCUGGCGAACUGUCAUACGGAGGACGGGAGUCGGCCUAUGUUGGGGAUCGUUCGCACCAAUGCAUACAAGGUGCCAGAUUUGUACGAUGGUCCCGAGGACGACGUCACCAGGUCUUAUACUGCCGUUCUGAAUGUGAUGUCGAGGAUCAAUCACAGCUGCUCGCCCAAUACUCGUCAUUGCUUCGACGUGGCUUCUCUUUCCUUUCAGCUCCGAGCGAUUCGCGAUAUUAAAAAAGGAGAAGAGCUGUUUUAUUCGUACUGCGACUUCUUCCGAACCAAGAGCGAUCGUGCCAAGGAGCUAGCACCCUACGGCAUUGUCUGCGCAUGCCCUGCGUGUGUUGGAGCAACCAAGGAAACGGAUCUGCUACGCUCGGAGCUCGCAAAACGCGUCGAAAAAAUACAAGCUGAUCACCACAUUUGGAUGAAGGAUCAAUCACACCCGAACGUACUCGCAGCCUGCCUCAAGCUGAUAGCAGAUAUUGAAAAAGAAGGGCUAAGCAUUGCUCCGCAGUUCUCCUUGCUACUGGGGAUGGUUGCAAAUGUCUAUUCGGCCUCCAGUAACACGCAUAGCGCGAUGGUGGGGUACUUAGGUCAGCUUGACAACCAUUGCAGGGCAACAACGGGGCGCUCUCUGGAAGCUAACGAUUUUAUCAAUCCUUCAAACAAGUAA